GCUUGUAUUGGCUGCAGUCUUUGGUGUGGUGGUGUAUCGCCUUGUGACGAUGGAGAUAUUCUCUACUUUCCAGUGGGAUUUUGUGAAGAAGCACUGGCAGUUUGUCACAGCAGGAACUGGCGUCUGCAUCAACUUCAUCAUCAUCAUGUCUUUAAACGUGGUUUAUGAAAAGGUUGCAUAUCUGCUGACAAAUUGGGAACAUCCCCGCACAGAGUCUGAAUGGGAGAAUAGCUUUGCUCUAAAAAUGUUUCUCUUCCAAUUUGUAAACCUUAAUAGUUCAAUCUUCUACAUUGCUUUCUUCCUCGGCAGAUUUGCAGGUCGGCCCGGUGCUUAUGCCAAGCUGUUUAAGAGAUGGAGGCUGGAAGAGUGUCAUCCCAGUGGCUGCUUGAUUGACCUGUGCAUGCAGAUGGGUAUCAUCAUGGUCCUGAAGCAAAUGUGGAAUAACUUUAUGGAACUUGGCUACCCACUGUUGCAGAAUUGGUGGUCACGUCGGAAAGUGAAGAAAGCAGGUCACAGUGUGGAGAAUAAAGUAUAUCUACCUCAGUGGGAAAAGGAUUGGAAUCUACAGCCCAUGAACAUUCAUGGCUUAAUAGAUGAAUACCUAGAAAUGGUUUUACAGUUUGGCUUCACAACAAUAUUUGUUGCUGCCUUCCCAUUGGCUCCACUCCUUGCUCUCCUAAAUAACAUUAUUGAAAUAAGGCUGGAUGCUUACAAAUUUGUCACACAGUGGAGACGGCCACUACCUGCAAGAGCGACAGAUAUAGGUAAUCCAAUCAGAUCCUUUGAUGGUAAUGCCCCUAUGUGGUAA